AUGUCUCCAACGCGGCUCUUAGACGCCUUCCCUCGCACCCAAACCCAACACCCCGCCCAGUCUCCGCUUUGUCGUCCCUCUUCUUCUCCAUCUUUUUCUUCUCCGUCUUCCUCUUCUUCCUCAUCUCAUUCAUCGCAGGCUCUGAGCAGCAAGGUCGCGCCGACACAGCACGAGACAGAUGGAAAGAAGAAUUUUUCGGGCUGCGCCGUAGAAGACGCCUCGCGGUGUCCGGCCGGAGGCAAAGAGACAGAAGAAAGGAGAGAAGAGAACGAAAAAGAGAAAGAAGGGCGGAGGACGUCCCGCGUUUCGUUGUUGGCCGCGAAUGAUGGGAAUCCGGCGGCGGAGGCAGAGCUCGACGAAGAGAGAGGCAGGGAAGAGAAGACAAGUGUCCCUGUGAAGGUGAAGAACGUGCGAGAAAUGUCUGAAGAGCCUGCGCCGUCGUCAGCCGAGAGGCGAAAGGCGGUGAGCCGCUCCAGCGACAAAAAGCUGCUUGGCGAAGAGAGGCACGAAGCGCCUCGAGAGGCGCCUCGAAGGGAAGAGUCGUUGCGGCUGCUCAGCGACAAGAGGGACGCGUGUCGAAAGAGCUCUCCUAGUCACGCGCCUUCCGGUCCCCCUCCAAAUCUCCCAGCGGUCGCGAAUGGAAACACGGCAAAACCCCAAAAACAAACGCGACUGCCGAACUUCUUUUUUGCACCGAAUCCGGCUUCUCUCUGUGUGCAACAACCGUCAAAUGGUGACCUAGAGACAGAGAAAGACACCGGGGACGAACAACAGAAAGCGGGCACUGGUCCGCAGGCCUGUCUCCCCGGAAGCGCAAAGGGCGAAAAAACAGCCGGGAAAACGGCUUCGUCCCGCUCUUCCGCUGGCUCUCCAUCUCCUUUCGGCGCCUCUCAGUCCUCCGCCGCUUCUCCCUCGACGUCUUGUGCCUCAGAGCACGGCGGAUGUGUCGCCGUCGCGGGUCCAGCCGGCGACGAGUCUACGGCAGAUGUGCUUGUCGAGGAAGCACUCCCGUGUGUGUCGCUUGUCGAGGAAGCGCAGGAGACUGAAGGCGUCGAAGGAGACGGCGCAGGCAAGGAGACAGAUCAGCCAGCAUCCAGUGGACAGGCGAGGGGAGCGCGAGAAGAAGGACACGCGGAAGGGGCCCAGGAAGAAAACCGCAUGCGCAAAGACGAGACUCCCGAACGCGCGCAAGAAACGUUUGCGUGUCGUAGAGGGGCGCCAGGGUUGUGUGUCGCUGAGCCUUGUGGCGACAACGGCGCGUCUCGGGAUUCCGUGACAUCGGAUCCCCUGUCUGAUUCCUGUGCGGUCCACAGUCCUGGCAACUCUGCUGCCUCGUCCGAGUCUCUCGCUGCGGCGGCUCCCCUGUCUUUUUCCUGCGCUCGUGUUGCCGCGCCCCACCCGGUGACUACAGGACGGGAAGCCCCGUUCGUGGAAGAGGCGACGGACGCUCAAGAGGGUCUGACGGCAGCAGAUAAAAAGAGAGCGACGGAGGAAGACCCGCAAGAGCCCCCGACGCAGAGGAGAGGCGAGAACUCGGUGGAUCCAGCAGAGAAUGGCGAAGAGCCGGGGCGGUCUCGCGCGGCGCUUCGAGAAGCGUGGAGUCAGAUUUUCAAGCGGCCCUCGAAGCAGGGGGACCUCGAGAAGAAGAACAGGCAGAUUCCAGGGUUGAAGAAAGGAGAGGGAGAGAAACCAGCGGACGAGAGCGAGGAGCCUGGCAGCAAGAGGAAGCCAAGACACAGUCUGAAGAGAGAGAACGACGAACUGUGCGGCGCGCCUUUUUGGGAAGAAAAACGCGGGCUUGGUGACAGAUCGAGGCUGCGGAGAUCCGCAGGCGAGGUUCUUCUCACGCUCGCGGCAGAGAAGAGGAAGCCGGGAGACAAGAGGGAAGCGGGCGAAGGAGAACGGGACAGAAAGGUGGAGGUCGACGAGGGGAAAGACUCUUCUGAGGGCGGUCCGCGACGAAGCCGACGGGUGCUAGCGCGUCAGCAGAAACGGCCGCUGUCGGACUCCGAGCCUGUCGCUCUCAGUCUGUCGGACAGCGAAGAACGCGAGUGCGCAGAGGGCGGCGAGAGAUUGAAGCGACAGAAGGUCUCCGCCCGGGCACUGCUUCUCAGUCGGCGCGUUCCUCCCGCGACACCCGGGGCGAAGGCGGAGAGACGAGGCCGGCCGAAGCGCGCAUGCGCCCCCGCGCCGCCUCCUCGCACGCGAGAAGAACGUUUCUCCUCAGAACAGAGUGGAAAGAAAGCAAGGCCACGGAACGCAGAGGCAGAGAAACGGGAGAGACAGGAGCGACAGGAGAGACAGAGGGAGGCCGAGGGGGAAGACAGCAGACGGCGCGAGCGGCAGGAGGCGGUCAUGAUGAAGCGGAGACUGGUGCUGCAAGCGCACCAGAGACAGAGAGAACGGGAAGAAGAACACCGCGUUCGCCUCCUGGUGGAGAGAAACGCGGCGUGGAUCGAGAAUUUACGAGCUUUCGAGGAAGGCGGCCUCGACGGGACAUGCCCGAGCCGCCUCCCGGGUGGACGGGCUCUCGGGUGUCUCGGGGGCGCGGCGCCUUCGAUCACCACAACACGCGAGAGCCAAGGAGAAGACUCGCGAGUUUCUCGAGAACACGAACCGCCGACAGACGACCUGAACGCUCGUGAGGAUUCCAGCGGGCGACAGCAGCCCCACCGGCGCGCGCGGCUAAAGAGAAGACGGCUGUCUUCCGAAGAAGAGGGCGAUCCAGAGACCGUCACCAAGUCAAGGCUGUGCGAAGGAGAUGGCAGCCCAGGCGAAAUGGAAAACGCGAUCCGCGGGGUCUCUCCCACGCUUGAGGCGGCUUUCUCUGAAGCGAGCGGCACGCGAUCUUCCAACCUGCAGCCGCUCCGCGCUGCGCCGCCGCGAGGUUUGGAGUGGCGAGACGUCCGAGCGAGACUCCUCGACCUCUGCGGCCUGGAGAGCUUCCUCUCGCGCGACGUUUUCUUCUUCGUGACUUCCGGCCCCUUCGCCAUCUACACCCGAAACGGCAUUCUGAAAAUUCUCGAAAAAACAGGGCUCCCCGUGACGACAAGCCUGCGGCGGGCGACUUGCAUUUUGACAAACGACGCAGGCUACUGGCCUCAGGCGGAAACGCCUCCACAAGAGCGCCCUUCUUUUCCUUCUUCUUCUUUUCCUUCUUCUUUUCCUUCCUCUUCUUCUUUUCUUUCCUCUUCUUUGUCGCCUCCAGCAGAGUGCAUCGAGCAGAAGAGCGAAGAGGGACCAGCGUCGGAGGGCCCUUCCGCACCCUCGGCCGGGGCCUCAGAAGCGGAGGUCGGGCCGGCGGCGGUUGGCGGGGCUGAGACAACGCAUCUCGAUGCAGUCCGAAAGCGCGCUGUUCUGUCACCUGGCGCACCUCUCGCUCCUGCCUCCGUCUCGCGCUUCUCUUCUUUGGCUCUGUCUGCGUUGUUCGACGGCCCGCGCGUGGCGACCGAGUCUGUGCUGAUGCGGGCGAUGGGCCUUUCUGUCGAGGAGGCGGCGCAGAGGUUUAAUCCCGUCAACGACAAAAGCGGAGUUCUCGUGCAAGACGUGGUUCGUGCAUGUCUGCGCCUCUACGCCAGGCACCAGCAUGCGCCUGAGGGGGCGUGUGCGAAGGCGCGCGGCGGGGCGAAAAGCGAGGCAACCCAGGACGCCGAGACUCCGGACAGGGCAGCUCCGAUGGCGGUUGUUGAGGAUGGAGCAGAUUUUGAGGAGGGCCACGCCGCUGAGGCGAAGUUGCUGGAGGGUGAAGAGAGAGAGGCGAAGGAGGAGAAUGAAGGCGGGAAAGAGGACAGGAACUCGAAGAAAGGAACAACGGUUCGGGCCGAUGCAGCCACGCCCGCGUCCUCCAAGGAAGAGAGCUUGACUGUCCACACUGAGACGGCACCUGAAGCGCCACGAGAAGAGGAGAGAGUGGCGAAGCUUGCGAGGGAAACAGAGGGGAAAGAAAUUGAAAAGGAGCGCCGCGAACUCGAGUGCCAGUUACCGGGUAACGCAGGCGUCCUGAAGACUCCGUGCAUCCUCUGGCUUGGCCACCUGACCGAGAUGUGGGAUCGGGCCUUCGAGGCAUGCAGUCUGUCCGAGCUCGCAGGCAACAAUGAUGCAGUGCUUGAACUGCAUGCUCUUUUGAAGGCGACUCUCGAGCGAGGUCCUUCUCUCUCAGGCAAGAGCGCCGACCUCGAGAGUUUGGCGAGCGACGCGGAGGCGGCCCCUGAGAAGCCGCUCUCUUUGCUCAGUCGAAAGAAACCGGAGCGAGGCAGCGGCUGUGGAGGAUCCCGGGCGAGUGGGAGAAGGCGAGAGGCGCAGGCGAGAAGAGAAAAGGAAGAGCGACCGAGAGUGAUCCUUGUCUCGAUGCCUCCCGGAUGUGGAGGCGACCGCCUGAUCGACUUGCUGUGCUACGCUUGCGGCCACCAGGCUGUUCGCGAACAGAAGCUGAGAGAGGAGAAGCGAAUCGACGGCCUCUUCCAUUCUAUGGCGAUGGUCAGCGCUCAGGCUCGGGCGCUCAAGCACCAGGAGACGAAAACGGCACCGAGUCCUGCAGACGCAGUAGUUCUCGUUGAGGACGAAGCCAGCCCUCCAUCGAGGCCUCCCGGUUCUGCUCGCCCCACCGUGUGCAGCCAUCUACGCGUCAAACCGCCUGGAGAGACGACGCCAAAGCCGCCUUCGAAGCCGGGUGAUUUCCCCCCGGAGGUGAAGGAAUCUGGCAGAAGAAAGCCGCUCUCCGUCUCGCCGUCGGGAGGGGCGCGUGGAACGCAACCGGACUCCGACCGCCCCGAAGUGUCCCUCCCCCUCCCUCGACUCAGUGUCUACGACUGGUGGAGCCUGUCGAGGGCCGAUCAGAAGAGACUGCUCCAGCGAAGGCCGCGGAAACAAGGAACAGAGCGUGGCGAAGAGAAGCACAGUCCCCCCGUCCUUUGCAUUGCGCGCUGGAGAGAGGGCGAAGAUGAGCAGGCUGCGAGAGACGCUGUGAACGCCUCCAUUGACGAAGCGAUAAGCGGGACAGUCACGGGCGGGCGAGGGCGACGAGGUGGAGCAAGCAGUGACGAGGAAGAGGGCCUUCGGGACGCAGAGGCUCUGCGGAGGGGCAUCCACCUGGUGGCGCUCCGCCCGCCUCCGAGAGAAGCCCUCGUGCAACGAGUUCUCGCGAUCGCGACAGCUGCCAUAGGGGCUCCGGUCGACCGCGCCCUUGUUGAGCUUCUCUUUGCCAGCAGCGGCGAUGGCCACCAGGGACCCGGUGCCGGAGAGGCCGUGCCUCUUUCGGGUAUUUUGCACACUCUACACCUUGUCACACGGACGCACAUGAAUUCACGGCUUCUGCACGCAGCGUACCACUACGAAACACAGCGCCAGUUAGAUGCACAACACCGAGAACUGGAUGCAUGUGCUUCCUCAGAAGGAGCGUAUCAGUCUCCCAAGGACCCGCUGUCACCUCCAAGCACGAGAGGCAGUGAGCGGAGUUUUACCCUCCCGGCGGCUUCCUGGUACGACGCAGAACCGGAUUACUGCACAAAGGACGACCACGGAGACGCGAGGGGAGGAUCCAGCAACGGCGACACGACGGCUUGUUCGACACAAGCUCGCCUGUCAAGCAUAAUCCAGAACUUUGUCCUUCCGCCGCUGGAGCGGCCGCUGCCGCUCCCCUUUGCCCUCGCCGAAGCCCCGUUGUUGGCGUUUUGGCGCCUUCAACAGGCGCAGCCCAUGAGCUUGUUUCUUCAGCUCUUUGGGAGCCGUAACGCCCUAGCUGCAGACUCGUUGGCGGCUCCCAUGCAUGCGUUCGAUCUUCUGCAUGAGAAGUUCGCGCAUUCUCAGCGGGCUGCAUUCUCCAGACGCCGGGCUCCUGACGAGACUCUGGCUGAGGUGGCGGAUCGCCAUGGGAGUGUUGAAACCCUGCUCGAUGCCUUCAACGUAUGCGCACGAGCAGUGAAAAUCGAAAACGAAUGCAGUGACUGUCUAGUCUUAGAUGCCCAGGACGGUGGCCCCGCCGGAGGAAAAGCUUCCCAAUCUGGAGGGGGAAAGUCGCCGAGUGAAAACGAUUUCGCUGCAAGAUACGGUGGUGGCAGUCCAGGCAGCAGUGAUGCGACGAAAGAUGUGCUGAAAGAAAAUGUGGAGACCGCUCCACUCCGAGGGCUUCCACUGAGGAUUGGGGCACACUUGCCGGAAACAACAGCCCACUUUCUGGGGGAGCUGAUUCUAGGCGGUGUGGCCUUGUUGCAACACGGACCUGAGGGAGCGUAUGAGCCGCCACCUCUUGGCUGUUCUCUCGAUGCCCUGCAGAGGCAGUUUGUCACCGAGCGAAUGAUCCAGCAGGAGAAACUUCAAACGCGAAGGAGGCUUGAGAAGGUGGGAGAGGGAAGUUUGAAAGUGCUGGACUGGAGACGUGCAGUCGAAGAAGCUGGCACGGUGAUUAACUUCGAAGCACCGGAGCCGGCGCCUACUUCCUCAAUACAAUCAGACCCCGGUGAAACCGAAGAAUACGAGCGAGAUGUUCCAGGACGGACCGGGUUUUCUCAGGGAUGUGGAAAAUGUGGGGGACCCAGUGCCCAGGAGUGUUACAGUGUUGACGGUUCCGGCGCGGUGGAAGGUUUCUCUGAUUCCGAAGAGAGUGACAGCUGGAUGGAAGAUGAUGUGAACAUGUUUGAGAUUAUGUCAGCCAGCACGAUGUUACGCAGCACCGAGCAGAUUCGCCAAACGUUUCUAGCGGAGGGAAGAAUGCUUGAGAAGGUGGCCAGUUCCAGAUCGAAGGGAGGGAAAAGAGUAAAAGGCAUCAAGAAAAAAACAUCAGCUUUUCCAGACGAUGCAAAAUUUGCCAAGGUGGUGUCGAAUCUUGGGAGCGUCAGGCGGAGUACACAUUUCCUCUGA